GCUGGCUUGACCGGUCCGUGGACGCCUUAGAAGGUUCGGGGGAGUUCGAGCCCUUGUGGAGCCUCAGGCCGAGGGCCUGUGAGCAGGUCAAAAAUAAUCAAAAGAAGAGGAGAAAGGAUGUGAAGUCAGAGCAGGAAGCACUGAUGUGUGUUUGCCAAGUAGAGGAGUUCCUGAGCUGAUUCCCUGUUCUGAGAACCCAGGACUCUCUUUCCUGCUGAAGAAUGGCUACUGGCUGGCAGAAGCUGGGCUCGUCUGCCUGUCUCUUGAAAACACAAUUGCAUGGUCUGACAGCCAUCAUCAGCAAAUGGGGAAGGAGGGUAACACCAGUCUGUGUCCGAAGCAUUUACAGUGCCACGGGGAAGUGGCCGAAAGACUACACACUCCAGACAAGAAAGGAUGUUGAGAAAUGGUGGUAUCCUCGGAUAAAAGAGCAGGCCUCGAAAACUUCUGAAAUGGAUAAGUCAAAGCCCAAGUUCUACGUGCUGUCCAUGUUCCCUUAUCCUUCCGGCAAGCUGCACAUGGGCCACGUCCGUGUCUACACCAUCAGCGACACCAUUGCACGCUUCCAGAGAAUGAGAGGCAGGCAGGUCAUCAAUCCCAUGGGAUGGGAUGCGUUCGGACUGCCUGCCGAGAAUGCCGCUGUAGAGAGGAAUUUACAUCCAGAAAGCUGGACCCGAAGGAACAUCGAACACAUGAGGGGUCAGCUGGACCACCUGGGCCUGUGCUUCAGCUGGGAUCGAGAAAUUACCACAUGUUUGCCAGAUUACUACAGAUGGACACAGUACCUAUUUAUUAAACUCUAUGAAGCUGGACUGGCCUAUCAAAAGGAGGCUCUAGUUAACUGGGAUCCCGUAGAUCACACAGUGCUGGCCAAUGAGCAGGUGGAUGAACACGGCUGCUCCUGGCGCUCGGGGGCAAAGGUGGAGCAGAAGUACCUGAAACAGUGGUUUCUUAAGACCACUGCAUAUGCAAAGGCCAUGCAGGACGGGCUGGCAGACCUUCCCGAGUGGUAUGGCAUAAAGGGCAUGCAGGCCCACUGGAUCGGGGACUGCGUGGGCUGCCAUCUGGACUUCACGUUAAAGGUGGAUGGCCGAGACACUGGAGAAAAGCUGACAGCAUACACAGCCACCCCUGAGGCCAUAUAUGGUACCUCCCAUGUGGCCAUUUCUCCCAGCCACAGACUCCUACACGGGCACAGCUCUCUGAAGGAGGCUUUUCAGAAGGCCUUGGUACCUGGCAAAGAUUGUCGCACACCGGUGAUAGCCGCGAACAUGCUCACCCAGCAGGAGGUCCCUGUCAUCAUUGCGGCCGGAGCUGACUUAGAAGGCUCUCUGGAUUCAAAAAUAGGGAUUCCUAGCACCAGCCCAGAGGAUGCUCUCCUAGCCCACGCAUUGGGCCUGUCCUACUCAGAAGUCAUCGAAACCCUGCCAGACGGCACAGAAAGACUGUGUUCCUCGGCUGAGUUUACAGGCAUGACUCGCCAGGAGGCCUUUCUAGCCGUGACUCAGAAAGCCAGAGGGAAGAGAGUGGGCGGAGAGGUGACAAGUGACAAGCUGAAGGACUGGCUGAUCUCCCGCCAGCGGUACUGGGGCACACCGAUCCCCAUUGUCCACUGCCCAGCCUGCGGCCCAGUGCCCGUUUCCCUGGAGGACCUGCCCGUGACCCUGCCCCGCAUCUCGUCUUUCACUGGCAAGGGCGGCUCGCCCCUGGCUACAGCUUCGGAGUGGGUGAACUGCACCUGCCCAAGGUGCAAAGGGGCAGCCAGGAGGGAGACAGACACAAUGGACACCUUCGUUGACUCCGCCUGGUACUACUUGAGAUACACAGACCCCCACAAUCCUCACAGACCCUUCAGCCGGGAGUUGGCAGACUACUGGAUGCCAGUAGAUUUGUACAUUGGAGGAAAAGAGCAUGCUGUCAUGCACUUGUUCUAUGCAAGGUUCUUCAGUCAUUUUUGCCACGAUCAAAAAAUGGUCAAACACAGGGAACCAUUUCACAAGCUGCUGGCCCAAGGCCUCAUCAAGGGGCAGACCUUCCGCCUGCCAUCGGGACAGUACCUGCAGAGAGAGGAGGUAGACCUCACAGGUUCUGUUCCUGUGCACGCCCAAACGAGAGAGAAGUUAGAGGUGACGUGGGAGAAGAUGAGCAAGUCCAAACACAACGGCGUGGACCCCAAGGAAGUGGUCGCCCAGUACGGGAUCGACACUAUUCGCCUCUACAUCCUCUUUGCCGCCCCUCCCGAGAAAGAUAUCUUGUGGGAUGUGAAGACCGACGCCCUUCCUGGGGUGCUAAGAUGGCAGCAACGUCUGUGGUCCCUGACGACCCGGUUUCUAGAGGCCAGGGCUGGAGGCACGGAGCCCCAGCCUCAGCGGCUGAGCAGUAAGGAGAGAGCCGAGGCCAGCAGAAUCUGGAAGUACAAGAAUGCUGUCAUUUCCCAGGUGACUUCCCACUUCGUGGAGGACUUCUCUCUGAAUUCUGCAAUUACUCAGUUGAUGGGACUUAGUAAUGUGCUCUUGCAAGCCUCUCAGAAGAUCGUCGUCCACAGCCCUGAGUUUGAGGACGCCCUGUGUGCCCUGCUGGCAAUGGCUGCUCCCAUGGCCCCCCAUGUUACCUCCGAGCUCUGGGCAGGUCUAGCGCUGGUACCCCGGAAACUGUGUAAGCAUUAUACCUGGGAUACUGGGGUGCUACUUCAGACUUGGCCCACUGUGGACCCAGAGUACCUUCAGCAACCUGACAUUGUACAGAUGGCUGUCCUGAUCAACAACAAAGCCUGCGGCAAGAUCCCCGUGCCCCAGCACGUAGCUCAGGACCCCGAUAAAGUGCACGAACUUGUCCUGCGGAGCGAGCUGGGCGUCAGGCUCUUGCAAGGGAAAUGCAUCAAGAAGGCUUUCCUCUCGCCCCGGACCGCCCUCAUCAACUUCCUGGUGCAAGAGUAACCCCGCGAAGGGGGAAGCCCAGAGGAGCCUCCUUCGUUCCGGGCCAGCUCCAAGAAAAGGAAAAGUCACAUGCCUUGGAUAUUGCCCUGGCCCCAGGAUAGACGAGAGACAACAGAGUACCUGUGAAUUGUGGCCUGGUAGAGGAGAGAGGCUGGCUGUGGGCAAAGGAGAAAUGGAGCAGAGGUCACGCAGCCAUCCCUUGGUCGCCUUCCUGGUCAGGGUGAGGAAGCUGUCCGACUCGAUCAGAAGAUACCGGGAUGCUAUGGGGAAGGAGAAGAGACGUGAUCGAGGAUCGGGGCUCCUGAGCAGCCAGAAGCCUCUAGAUCUCAGUGAUAGCGCUGCCUUCUCUUUGGACUCCUCAAACCCAGGGAGCUGCUUGACAGUCAUCCCAAGCCUCCUGACGCUAGGGACUGAUCUCCCAGCUCUCAAGUUACUAAGGAAACCAUUCAGGUCACACACAAACAUCCAGUGUGAACAAGUGGACACGCCAGGCCUUCAGAAGUUACUCAGGCCCAGCACUGGUAGCUUACACUUGUAAUCUCAGCUACUCAGGAGGCUGAGACCUGAGGCCUCAAAGCCAACCCCGGUGGGAAUGUCCA